AUGCGGUACUUACGUCUUCGUUUACGUUCUUCAAUUCUGGUCGGUUUAACGAUCACUACAUUCUUCUCUUUGACGACACUUUGUAUAUUCCUCCGAUCAGCAAAUGAACUUGAACGACCAAAUCGUUUUGUAAGAAGCAAACCGGGUUUACCCGAAAUAUCUCGCCAUCAAUCAUUACGAAAAAAUUCUAAUCGUAUUGAUGAACUUUAUCGACUAGUUCGGGAGAAUCGAAUUCACCAAGCAAAUCUCGAUCAUUUACUAUGGAAUUUGAAAAAGUUUCGUAGGGAAACAUUACAAGUGAAUCGAAGUGAUACGAACACACCAAUGGAAACCGGUGAUUCAGGAGAUCUGAACAAGCAACCUAUGAAAUUGCCAAUCAAUCUCACGACUACUUCGAAGAACUUCAAUCAACAUGAUAAAAUGCGACUGAGACAGUUCGUUCUCCAUGUCUUAACCAAAUGGAAAAUCGAACAUCAGAAUGAUACGAGCAUCAGUUUAGCCGAUAUUAUGCACGAAAGUUUAGCUCAAGAUAAUCCGGAACGAUUGAAUACAACAUGGUAUCAGCAGAUGAAAACUGUGACGAAUUCCCGUGUAUAUGAUCCCAACAGUGUAGAAUUUCGAUCUCUAUUGAAUCAUUUGCAAAAUGGUUCAAUAUCCGAAGCGAGUGAACUGUCUCAGGGCACUCAAAUAAAACUUAUUCUUCAAUUACCCGAUGGUUUCCAAGCUUUAUUGAAACCUUACAGAGUUCCACGCAAUUAUCAAACGCUACCAGAUCAUUUCUAUUUCAGCGAUAUUGAAAGACACCAUGCAGAAAUUGCUGCAUUUCAUCUUGACAAAGUUCUUGGCUUUAAUCGUGUGCCACCGCUGAUCGGACGUUUAUUGAAUGUAACCAGUGAUAUUCGUGAUAAAGCAACUGAAGAGUUAGCUAGUACAUUUUUCAUUUCGCCUGCAAACAAUACGUGCUUCCGCGGACAUUGUUCCUAUUACUGUGAUACAUCGCAUGCAAUCUGUGGUAAACCAGGAAAUCGCCUAGAAGGUUCUGUUCAAUUACUUCUACCUCGACCGCCUGAAGUUGAUUGGCAAAAGAUCACGCAUCCAUACCGACGAUCGUACAGUGCCGUACGAAAAGCUGAAUGGGAAACGAAUGAAAAUUACUGCUAUGAACAUGUAAUGAUCGAUGAAGAUUAUCACAAUCGAUUACUACUGGACAUGAUGGAUUUAUGUGCAUUUGAUUUUCUUACAGGUAAUUUAGAUCGGCACCAUAUGAUGCGAAUCAGUUCUUUUGGUAUUAAUACGGCUUUAGUUCAUCUCGAUAAUGGUCGGAGUUUUGGUCGGCAUGAUAUCGAUGAUCUAUCGAUUUUAGCACCGAUUCGUCAGUGUUGCUUUUUUCGUUACUCAACAUUUAUGCGUUUAUACAAUUUAUACCAGAAAGGUCUUUCAAAACUACUCUUCGCUUCAUUGAAUGACGGUGAAAUUUUACCAAAGAUUCUUAUUGAGGAACAUCUUGUCGCUGUUGAUCGACGUUUGAAAAUCUUAUUUGCACAGAUCGAUAAAUGUUUUCAAACUUACACAGUGAAAGAAGUGAUGAUCGAUGAUGGCAUCGAAUAA